UACUAUUUAAGCGGAACAUGGUUUAGAUGUUUUAUAGUGAGGUACGUCAGCGGAAAAUGAUGCUCAAGCAAAUUUGUGUCUUGGUAGCAUUCUGCGUCUUUUCGGCGAAGGCCUUAAAGUGGAAAAACUGUGAUAGCAGUGCCCCCGUCCAGAUCAAGGUGGUAAGUGUAAGUCCCGAACCCAUCUCGCUCGAAAAAGGAAAACAGAUAACAUUUUCAGGAAACUUCGUGGUCAACAAAGUCACCGGGAACAGCUACCACCUGGAAAUCAGUAGGCUGUAUAGGAAGGGAUGGCUUUGGUGGACACCAGUACCCUGUUUUGGCCUGUGCCCAUCAAUUGAUCUCACUUGCAAGGAGCUAUCCACAAUCAAUCCCGCUCAGAAAGAACAAUGCCCACUUCCUGUCCAAGCUCACUCCAUUCCCAAACAGACCAUAACCCUUCCAUCCAUCCCUAUUCCUUCCUUCCUGACAAGUGGUACAUGGAGCGCAAGGUUUGACCUUAAAGACAACGUGGACAAGUCUAGAGUUGCGUGCGUGGAUGUCGAGGAGGUGACACUUACUUGAAACAGCGCGUAUACUUCUGCUUAAUGAAAUCAAAUACAAUUCAAAACAA